GUGGAAGCCUUGGAGUCGCUUGCGGCAAACACCUUGAGACGAGCUCCUCGCGGGCCCACGUUGAACCGAUGAUGCGACUGCUUACACAACUCCUUGUAUACAUAUAAGAGCUAUGAACAGGCCAAAGGUACCUGGACUGUGACGCGGGUCACGCCCGAAAGUGCGUGGAAUACCAUGGAGCAGACGGGCGGGGCGGGCGAGCAGCCGAACCGCAUCCAGGUUGUGGUGCGUGUGAGGCCGGUGCUGCCCCAUGAGCUUUCCGACGAUGUCGCCGUUACCUGCUCCUCCGAUGCUCGGAAGAUGCAGGUGCUGCUGCCGGACCGGCUGACGGGUGGGGCGGUGCUGCCGGGCGCAACUCGCAGCGGCGCUCGCUCGUACGAGUUUGAUGCCUGCUUGCCGGGCCAGACCACACAGGAGGAGCUGUACGACAUCUGCGGGCUGUCGGAGCUGGUGGACGCCGCUCUGGACGGCUACUGCGUCACCGUGUUCGCCUUCGGCCAGACCGGCAGCGGCAAGACGCACACCAUCAUCGGGCCGCGCCUCAGCCGCGGCGCGGCCGCCACCGCCACCACCAGCCGCCUGGGCAGCGCCGGCUCCGCGUCUGACGAGCACGGCGGAGCGGGCGGCUCUGCCUCGGGGUCCCGGGGGCUGUCGGCGACGGGCGCGGAUGGCGGCGGCGGAGUCACAAUGGGGCGCGGCGGAGCCGCGGCCGGGCCGCCGGGCGGUAUGCUGGUGGAUCCGGAGGACGGCAUCCUGACACGUGCCGUUGCGGCGGCGUACCAGAGUAUGGAGGCCAGGUCGGCGGGCGGGGGCGUGGAGUUCAACGUCAGUGCCUCCGUGGUGGAGUUGUACAAUGAGAGCGUGACGGACCUGCUGGCGCUGGACAAGAGCAAGACGCUGGCGGUGCGCAAGGACGCGCGCGACGGCUUCGCAGUCACCGGCCUGACGCAGGUGGCCUGCCCCAGUGACGCGGCGGCUGUGCGCUACCUGGUCAAGGCGCUGCAGUACCGCCACACGCGCGGCCACAAGCUGAACGAGUACAGCAGCCGCUCGCACUGCAUCAUGACCUUUGUGUUUGCCAGCAAGGAGGCGGGGCCGGAGGGGCAGACCGGCGCCAAGGGCGGGAUACGCAGGUACGGCAAGUUGGCUCUGGUGGACCUGGCGGGCAGUGAGCGGCUCAAGGACACGGGCAACACGGAGAAGGGGGCGGUGCGGGAGACGGGCGCCAUCAACAAGUCCCUGUUCACGCUAGGGCAGGUGCUGUCCGCCUUGUCGGCUCGCAGCAGCGGCGCCGCCUCCACCUUUGUGCCCUACCGCGACUCCAAGCUGACGCAGCUGCUGUGGGACGGGCUGCGCGGCAGCGGCCGCUGCCUCAUGCUGGCCUGCCUGGGCCCCAUGCGCUCGGCGGCGGAGGAGUCCCUCAACACGCUGCACUUCGCGACCAUGGCCACACGCAUCAAGGCGGAGCCGGUGGUGCUGCUGGACCCGCAGGAUGCGCUGGUCCUGGAGCUGCGCAAGACCAUUACGGAGCUGCGGCAGGAGAACCGCACCCUGGCUGGCGCGCUGCAGCAGCUGUCCUGCGGCGUGGAGCCGGGGGCCGUGCUUGCGGCGCUGCCGGACACACUCAGGCAGCAGGCCGCGACUGCGUCCGAGCCCGCAGGCGACGUGACGCCGCAGCGGCCGGGGCACUUGCAGCCGCUGGCGGGGCCGGGGCCACUGCGGCAGUCGUACUCCGCGGACGGGCCGGGCGCUACUAGCUUUGACGGGUACCCCUCGGCUGCUUCGCCGUCGUCGUCAGCGCUUGGGUACGGGGUGAGCGGCGGCGUGGCGCCGCUGCGGCCGACACCGUCGCCUGCCGGAAUGCGCGGCUCGGCAGGGGAGGCGAGCAGUCCCAGCCGGAUGCGCGAGGGGCGACAGCCCAGGUUCAGCGGCGGGGGGCCGCCACCGGGCAGCGGCGGCCCGGGUCGGCGGCCGGCGCCGCUGGGUAUGGGCGCGGGAGCCUACGGCGCCUCGCCGUCACCCAGCCGAGCGCCGACAUUCCCGCCGCAAUCCGCGGACGCGACUGCGGGUCCGGGGCGGGGCUCUGCAGGGGCAAACGCCUGGAGGCCGGGGAUCGGCGGGCCAGCGGCUGCCAAUGGGAAGAGCUCGCCGUCUCAACGGUCACGGUCGGUUGGCCGUAACGGCGGCGCCGCCGCCAGUGCCGCCGCCAGCGCCGCCGCCCACCGCCCAUCCUACCUCACAGAGGAUCCGGCAGCGCUGCUGCACGGCUACAGCAAUGUGCUACAGCCGCCGCCGCCGGGCAGUAGCAGCAGUAGCACGUCGCUAGGGGUGGGUGGGCCGGGUGGCGGUGCCGCCGGGCCGCGCCGCGUCGCGACGAUGCCAGUGGCGCCGCCGCCGCCGGCAUUGGACGAGUUCCCAGAGCUAGCAGCCAUGGAGGCUGAAUUCCAAAACCUGAUGGCGAACAGCGGCGGCGGGGGCGGGAGCGGUUAUAAUGCGGUUGCAGCGUUGAAAUCCGCCACUGGCGGCGCGGGGCCCGGCGGCGGUGCGGCGGCGCGGCCGCCGCCAGCCCGCUCCUCCGUCACUGGCGACAGUGAAAACGGCGGCGGCGACGGCGCGGACGGUGGUGAUGAUGGCGGGCCAAAGCCGGACGUGCGGGCCCUCAAGUGGGCGGAGCGAAACUCCUGGUUCGGCACGGACUAUGACAUGACAGCAUUCGCGUACCAGGUCCACGACCGGCUGGUUGACGGCGAGCGUGUGGAUCCCGCCUCCGACACCUACUACAUGGAGAUUGAGCGCCGCGUGGCCGAGCGCUUCCCGGACAAGUGGGCGCGCCUCAUGCCGCGGGAGGCCCUACCAGGAGGCAGCGGCGCCGCCGCCGCGGCAGCAGUGCGCCGCGCCGCUCCCAGCCCCGGCCGCGUACGCCCGCCAGGCGAGGUGGCGGCGGCGGCGGCGGCGGCUACGCCGCCGCGGCCUCCGCCGCAGCCCGGGACGUCGAUUGGCGCGGGGCUGCGAGUGAAUGUCAAGGAGCCGCUGUACGGCGGCGCGGGUAGCGGGUCGUUUGGGUACGGUGACCUACAACUUGGCGGCGGCGCAGGAGGGUACGGCAAUGAUUACUACGGCAUUGCCGGCGGCGGUGGCGCCGUACAGGUGCCGUACUCGGUGGGCACGACGCCCGUGCCGGGCACGCCAAACAGCUUGGCGGGGGUGGGUGGCAGUGGCGCCAUCAACCCCUUCAACAUCGGCGCCCUCCACAGUGUGGCGCCGCCCAAGGGAGCCGCUGUGUCGCGCUUCGCGGCGGCGCCUGGCGGUGGCGGCCAGGGACUGGUGUUGACGCCGGCAGGCGUCGGUGGCGCUGGCGCCGAUUCUUAUGGGUUCGGCGGUGGCGGAAGUGGUGUGGGAGGUGAUGCCAAUGCCGCGGAGCGCAUUGCGAGGGAGUACGCGCGGCAGCGGUCGAUGGUGGUGGAGGAGCUGCGGCGAGCUAAGGAGGAGGCGGAGGCGGAGCGGCAACGCAUCCUGGCGCGAAUACAGCGGGCGGCAGGUGGCAGCAAGUGGCGGUAGCGGGCAGCGGCUGCAGCCGGCCGGGCGUUGUGUCGGUGCUGCGUGCUAGGACGGCAGCAUGUUACGUAGACAGGCAAGAUGCAUCAGCACUGAAGCAUUCGACAGGACUGAGCACAAUGGUGUAUUGGAAGCGAGAAUGCACUUGCGUUUCAGCAUAGGCCAAGAUUUGAUGGGCACGGGCCGCACAGCGCUUCGUGGGUAGGCACAGGCUCGAAGCGGCCUCAACGGCGUAUAGGAUUGGGGAGGCAUCAGUCAUCAGACAUGCCCGUGGCUUCAUGGCUGCACCCUGGACGCCCCUUCCUGAAGAGGGCACGGGGUUCGAGGAACAUACGGUACUAUUAUACUUAUUGUGUCCAAGCUUACACGUUUUGUGGCUUGAUCACCUUGAUGGGACAUUCGUCAAAUGGGGCUGUGGAGGACGAUGGCGUGCCCAGGAGGCAGCAAGUCAACUGACGAUGGACCAUGAACCCCCAUUGACCCAAAGCCUAACUUAUAGAUUAUAGACGGUAGACUGAAGGCCACGACAGCGCGGUUGUGGACUUGUGGCGGCCAACGGCCGUGCCGUAUCGAAGCAAGCAGUCUUGAGUCUGCGCCACUGCCCCAAAGCCUGGAGGAUGGCAGGGAGGACGGCAUGUACACAACACGAGUAUGCGGGCGCGCCCGAUGUUGACAGGGCUGAAAGCAGGAAAGGAGGUGUGCACCUGUUCCAGGGGUGAAGCCGCGGGCGGAGGGGCAGUGAGUUCUAGACGCGGUGCUCAACGUGAUGCGGUCUGGUACGCCAGCUUCGGGCAGGUCAGGGGCAGAAGAUGGGCCCCUGAGCCUAGAAACGCUUACCUUGUGGGCAUCACUCUGGUACAAACUGCAACUCCUAUCUAUUUUUUUGUAUAGGCAUCACCCGCUUUCCUUGUUCUGUCCUUGGCGGGCCCAAACUGCAUUUGCGAUUCCGUCCCA